AAAAGGAUUAUUUGAAAUUGUUUGUUUAAUUAUCUAUGGAGGGGGGUUUGAUGAUGGUAUUAUACUUAUCCUUGACAGUUUUAGCUUUGAAGAUUAUGGUAGAGCUAUGGUGGAGACCAAGAAAGAUUGAACAACAUUUCUCCAAACAAGGCAUAAAGGGUCCUCCUUACCAUUUCUUCAUUGGAAAUGCAAAAGAACUCUUCAAUCUCAUGUCUAAAGCUUCUUCAAAACCCAUGAUUCAUUCUCAUAACAUCUUACCAAGAGUUCUUUCAUUCUACCACCAUUGGAGAAAGAUUUACGGUGGAACAUUUCUAGUGUGGUUUGGUCCCACGGUGAGGCUGGCCGUAUCUGAUCCUGACCUGAUAAGAGAAAUAUUCAUUUCCAAGUCUGAAUAUUAUGAGAAAAUGGAAGCUCAUCCUUUGAUCAAACAACUUGAAGGUGAUGGUUUGUUGAGUCUCAAGGGGGAGAAAUGGGCUCACCAUAGAAGAAUCAUCACCCCAACUUUCCAUAUGGAAAAUCUCAAAUUAUUGAUUCCAUUGGCGGGAAAAAGUGUGGGUGAAAUGUUGGACAAAUGGAGGAUGUCAGAAUCUGACAAAAAAGAUGAGAUUGAGAUUGAUGUUUCUAAAUGGUACCAAACGUUAACGGAAGAGGUGAUUACUAGGACUGCGUUUGGAUCCAGUUAUGAACAAGGCAAAAUUAUUUUCCGACUACAGGCCGAACAGAUGGCUCUGGCCGGAGAAGCUUUUCAGAAAUUGUCAUUUCCUAUUUACAGAUUUCUACCCACGAAGAGAAACAUGAAAUCUUGGAAGUUGGACAAGGAGAUUAAGAAAUCUCUUCAAAAUUUAAUUAACCAGAGGAGAGAGAAAUCCACGGCGGAGGAUGAAACCAUGGGUGGCGGCGCCGGUGAUCAUCAUCAUGAAGUGCCGAAAGAUCUUCUGGGUCUUAUGAUUCAGGCGAGUUUGAAAGAAUCGGCGACUGAUAUUACGCCGGCGGCGAGGAUAACGGUGAGGGAUAUUGCCGAGGAAUGUAAGAGCUUCUUUUUCGCCGGCGAACAGACCACGACGAAUUUGCUGACGUGGACGACCGUACUACUGGCCAUGCAUCCUCAUUGGCAGGACCAAGCACGUGACGAGGUCCUUAAGGUGUGCGGCCCACGUGACGUGCCAUCUAAAGAUGACAUUCCUAAGCUUAAGACGCUUAGUAUGAUCCUAAAUGAAUCACUCCGGCUAUAUCCACCCGCGGUUGCGACAAUUCGCCGGACAAAAGCUGACGUGGAGCUCGGUUCAUUGAAGGUUCCAAACGGUACUGAAAUUCUAAUUCCAAUUCUAGCGGUUCAUCACGAUCAGGCAAUAUGGGGUCACGAUGCAAACGAGUUUAACCCGGCCCGGUUCACAGACGGGGUAGCCCGAGCUGCAAAACAUCCGGUUGGGUUCAUCCCAUUCGGACUCGGGAUCAGAACUUGCAUAGGUCAAAAUCUCGCGAUCUUGCAAGCGAAACUCACGUUGGCGAUGAUACUUAAUCGCUUCACAUUCAGUUUGUCUCCAAAAUAUCAACAUGCUCCGACCGUGUUAAUUCUACUCCACCCCCAACAUGGUGCACCAAUCAUAUUUAAACAUCUUGUUCAAUCACAAGAUGAACGGCCCUGAUCAUUCGAAAGUAAUGGGUCGGGUUUGUUUGUGUAAGAUCGAGUGCAUAUAUUUAUUUAUUUAUAAAUCAAAAUU